AUGCAGUUCACCACUCUCGCUGUCUCGGCUCUCGCCGCUGUCUCCGCCGUCGCUGCUGCCCCCGCUCAGAAGCGAGCUGGCGGUUCCGGUCAAGCUACUUACUACUACCAGAACGGCAACCCAGGCUCGUGCGGAAAGUACCACAACGACCAGACCCCCAUUGUUGCUGUCAACUCUGCUCAGAUGAACAGCGGAAUGUGCGGUCAGAAGGUGUGGAUUCAGGGUAACGGAAAGACGAUCGAAGCUACCGUCGCCGACACUUGCCCUACUUGCUCUUGGGGCUCUCUCGACCUUUCCGUUGGCGCUUUCCAGCAGCUCGGAGGCCUCGAUGCUGGUGUUGUCCCAAUCUCAUGGUGGUCUUAG